GGAUUUUAGAAUAAGUAGGUUGGACGUCAAACCCCACUAACUUCAUCCACCUUCACCCAUACCGGCGACAGUCAGCUUGUGGUUGCGCAAGCAUGGACAUCACCAAUUUCGUGGUUUCGGCCAGGAACCAGGCCUUGUUGUAUGGCGACUACAACACCUAUCACAAGCAGUUGGUCAAGAAGUUACACAAUUGUCGAAAAAGGUUGAAUAUCGUCACCAAGAAUCGAGGCAAGUUCAGCAAGAAGGACACCAUCACAGCCGAGAAGCUGGCGGAAAACCAUGAGUAUCUUCAUCUCCAGUUAUUGACAGCCGAGCGUGCCUGGGCGCACGCCAUGAGAUUUAAAGCCGUCCAUUCCGCCGACACCAAGGGCAUCUCGGGCAGAACCCGCUCCCACAUAAUAUCGAGAUUGGAUAAAGGAGCUCGAGCUGCCGAGGAUCUCGUCAAAAUAUUAUCUGACAGUUCUACAAGUGGCGCCAGCGAUACGGAUAUUCUAGAAGCACGUGCGUACGCUUCUAUGAUACGGGGUGCGACGCAAUUUGAGAAACAGAGCUGGGAAGCUUGUCUACGGAGUUACGCCACAGCUCGUAUCAUAUAUACCGCCCUCACCACCGCGAUCAAGGGGGAUAUUUUCAAAGAUCUACUAUCGGAGACUAUCGACCCAUCUAUUCGAUAUGCCGCCUACCAGUCCAAGGUUCCGAGAACCUUGGCGAUACCAACCAUAGCUAGAAAAGCAUUCCCCUCUUCUGACUCUUCUUUAGUUGAACAAAUCAACAAAUUAGCCCCGGAAUUACUAAAGACAAGUGAUUCGGAUGCCCAACGAGGCCAAGUAGGCGCCCCGAACGCACCCCAGACCAUUACGUGGAGAUCUCGAGAAGUAAAGAUCGAAGAUGCAGCUAUCGCAAUUGCGCUGGCCUCGACCGAUACGGCUACUUCCCAGCUGGCAGAGAAACUCGCAUCGUCUGAUAUUAUACUUCCGAAGGAGAUGGCCGCAGCAUAUGAUGAAGUGCUCAUAGCCAGCCAAGACGCAGCCGAUGCCACUAAGCGUGCCAUCGACGAACUCAAGGAGGAAGGCGUGUCCCAGAAUGACCCUCGAAUACAGAGUCUGCAAAUAACUCGUACAGCCGUCAACUAUCAAAUGAUCAGCUGGAGAAUUGGUCGCAACCGGGUAUUGAGCGGAGAACAUGAUGGGGCCUUGUUAGAUUCAGCACCGACGACUACCCGGAAAUCCAAGAAAGAUGCCACCUCCCAGAAGCCUAAGGUAGAGCCUACUGGUAGAAAGAUUUCUCGGCUCAAAGACAAAGUCGUGCUUUACGAUUCUACGAUACAGAGCAUCGACUCGAUCAAGGAAUUACCCGGUGUUGCGGCUGACGAAGGUCUUUUAGAACAAUUGAAUGCGACUGCAAAGUAUUUCCGUGCUCUAAAGUCUCUCUCUAUUGCGCGGUCGCAUUCGCUAACUGACCAGUCGCUCAAUGCCUUGGUUCUCACCAAGCACGCAUUUGACGAGAGCCAGCAGUCCGCGGCGUUUUUCUCCAAGCAUGGUACCUCUUCUUCAGAGACAUCUCCCCGCAACAUAGAGAUUCGGCAAUCCGAUAUUCAAUUCCUACAUAAUCUCUUGAAGGGAGAACUUCAACGAUGCCGCGCAAUUGUUGAAAUAGACAAUCUGCGAAAGAAGGCAGCGAAUACAACUCCCCCGGCGGCGAGGAUUCCCUUGGUACAACGGUUAUUCGAGUACCCGGCAGAAGGCGUCGACUUAAACUGUCUCGUGGACUUCCCACCUAAGGUCGAUCCAAUUCCAGUGAAACCACUAUUUUUCGAUGUUGCCUGGAACUACAUUGAUUAUCCUGGCAAGGCUUCGGCCGCCGCCCCAGAGCCUGAAGAGAAGCCGGCCCAGCCAGCGCAGCCGCAGAAGAAAGGAUGGUUUUUCGGAAGGUAAUAAUCAACCCACCUGUGAGCUGUCUAUUCUACGUAAAACAGAUAGCAAAUCGGAAAUUUACAAGCUACGAGACAUCUCGUCAAUUUAUUGUGCUACUAUUCUUUUUUCCCCUGAUCCCCUGAUCCCCUGAGCCACGUAUUUUUAUCAUCCCUUAAGGGACUGCACCCUUCAAUGUGGGUUGAUUAUCGUGCGGAUGCCACAUCGCAUGGAAGGGCGUUCUGCGACAAGGCAUACCAUACCUACCUAGUGUCGAAUAUAUGCAUCCCUUACUAUACUCAAGACGCUUUUAAAGUAGAUAACC